AUGAAUUCGAUUGUUCGAGUUGAACCCAACUCUGUGGAAACGUUGAGUGACCUUCCACUAGAGACCAAGGUUGCCGACGUUAAAGUCACGAGUAAUAUCGAUGUACCCACCGACAUGGCUCCUAUACCUCUUCAACGAUUCUACUUGCGAGCAUUACUUCUCAUGUUUGCUCCAAUAUUCGUUACGGUGUUCUACCUUAUUAUAUGGCGUUUCUACAUGGUACCUGCUGAUGCUGACGUAAAAUUCAGCACCGCUGACCACCACAUUUGGUUCUAUUACGCUUGGUUUGUAGUUGGUGUCUUUGGCUUGAAUUGGUCAAGGGAUGGCCUUGUUGGCGUUGAGGUUGCGAUGCUCCAGACAAAGCUUUGGCAGGCUCUCGACAAUAAAGAGCUCAUGAUGCACAGAGAAACUCGCUGGAGUGGACCUGCUGGAUGGAUUUACUGGAUAUGUCAUAUUCCGUCCCGAAAAAGGCUCUGGAUCUUAUUGUCAUUUGUCAGCAUUCUGGUAUUCGUGGGUUUACCACUGUCAGGCCUAUCAUUCGAAAUAACCGACGGUUUCAUCAAGUCCUCGACACCCCCACUCGUCAUCGGCCGCACCAAAGAGAACCUAUAUGAUCGAAAGCCACAAGACUCAUUUGACUUGCUAGUCAAUAGUUGGAAAAUAGGGUCCUUCCCAAUAGUCCCCGGAUAUGGGAUUCUGUAUACUCCAAAAGACGUCUUGCGAAGCGAUUACGAGAAUCUCAAUAGCUUUCCCAAUACUCUCCCCUUCUCUAAAAGCAUGCCGGAGGUAUUCCUAGCUCCCCAAGCCAAAUAUCCAAUCGGAGGGAAGCCGUGGGGUCUCCGAGCUAGCUACAAUUGCUCUAUAGUCCAAGACGCUUCGACGUUCACAAUAUUAAACGAAAGGCCAUUGUCAAGUUUGUAUGUGAACCAAAAUGACUUUCAGAGAGCCAGUGGCGAAAUUACCUGGGCUACUUUCCAGACGGAGUCUGGAAACUCGAUUUCCUCAUUUAUCGCCCUACCUGAAACUGGACCAGGUAGCAACCUCUGGGGUUACAUUGAAAUUGGUAGGAGCCAGGUCCUCGCCAACGAGCGCGGGCCUGAAAGCUCUCGCAAUGGGACAGACCCAUUUUACAACGACCAAAGGGGUAUUCUAGAAUACGCGCUAUGGCAGAUCCGCCGCAAGAACUCUUAUAAUGAGACAGAGUACAGGCCUAACUACAAAUUCAACGAUAAGCUUGAGACUACAAUCAGGGGGAUGCCGAGCCCAGCCCUUCAACUUGACAACGGAACGUGGAUCUGGAAUACGACCUUCUUUCAGGUCAACAAGAUAAAUAAUACUGACAAUCUUGUAGAUGGGACUCUGGACAUAAGAGAAUAUCUUAAAGCCGACAUAUAUUCCCCUCUUGAUGGACCAGUUGGAUGGAUUCAGUCUGUUGCAGACCCCAUUGGAGUCCGAUGCGAAUAUACUUCGGCGGUUGGGACAGCAGAUCUAGAGCCUAUGUCCUCUUCGUUCAGCUCGUUUACUCGAGAGCCCCCGAUGUGGGGUGAAACUCAGUACCUAAAUCAUCCUCUUGGAACAUCUGUUGCAGAUGUCAUGGCGGCUCGAUAUUUUGAACUCUUUACUUCCACGGGCUCUCCGCUUCCCGUGGUGAUUUCUAACUUUCCGGCCUAUGAGACCUAUAUCCAACCACAAGUCUUAUUGAAAUCUACCAUGCUGGUCUUCGGCCUCGACGCAUUGCGCAUCAUGUAUGAUAGUGCGAAUGGAUUCGAGGGGGGCCGGUCGGACGACAAUUUGACGUCAUCGAGGGAAGGAAAGCUCAUCACACAAGGGGUCAUUCAUCCAUACAUCCCGUUAAUUUUGUUCUCUUCUUGGACCCUUCUCUGUUUUUCAUUAGCAACAAGUUACGGAUUCCGCCGACGGUUGAGUGACAAACUAGAUGAGUAUAGCCAAGCACAGCUCAGUAAAGAAUUUAAGAAUAGACUUGCAUGA